CUCAACAGGAAUGAGGUGCUUCAGAUAAGUUGUGUUCAAUGCAUAUCACAGGUCAUAGUACAGGAUCCUCUCGAAGCAGGGUACAGUGGCCCCUCUCACACCCAGGCACUUCUCCAGGAGGACAUGGCUGAAUUCCUCUUUGAAGCUCUUUCAACCACCAAUGAUCUUAUGCUUGGCUCUAUCUUCUGUUGUCUUCUGCUACUGUCCAAGCACGAGAGUUUCUUCACCAAGUGCCACACUGUCUAUGGGAUAGAGGCCAUUGUGAGAACAUUGCAGCACUGCCAGAAGAUAAGCUGUACUGAUACACUUACACAAGGAUUACUACUACUUUCUGAAAUACUUCACAGGCAACCCAAGGAGGUCAAAUUACUGACAAGUGUCACCAUCUGCAAGCAUAUCUGUGAAUUAUUAGCUCAUUGCAUCAGACAUCAGGACAAUUCAGUGUCUAUUCAGGCCAUCCAAGCAUUCUCUUACUUAUUAAGAAGGGAUCACCUCCCAAGUCCUGUAGAUUUCAAGUCUCUAGCGGAGCCCUUGGAUGGGACCCUAGCAAUUCUCCAGAGACUACCUAGGCCAGCAGCGUGCAGGAAAACUGGCCAGAAGCCUGGCAGGGGGGUCAGACGGACAAGCAAGUUCCCUGGGGAUGUUCAUGGAGAAGCAAUUGCGAAGAAACAUCAGGACAUUCUGGAGCUGGUCAUAUCUGUUCUGCUGAAUGGACUGAGGUUGGUCGUGGUUUGUCACGAUGACCCCACAUCUGACCCUGGUGUGUUUCUCAAACCCAAAACCUCCAACCCUGUCACUGAGCGGUCAUCCCCGGAAGACGAAGCCUUGUGUGAAAACAACCUUUCUUCCUUCUCACUAUAUCUGAUGGAGUCUCUUGACAGUGUCUGCAUUCCAGCUAUUAUGGCAAACCACAAGGGCUUGAGCAGACCUGGGAUUUAUGCUUCACUGUUUGAGUCCCUCUCCAUCAUGCUGUCUCUUCACAACAACGAUGGCCUCAACAGACUAGCUGAAAAACUAGUUGGAUCAUCUUUCAUUCAACUUGCAAUGGAAGUAAGACAUCAGUUCCAGUCACAAGAAGGAAUCAAGGAGCUGAUCAAGUCAACAGAUAGUUUUCUUGUUGAUCUGCUGCACUCAUGUUCAUCCCAAGGCCAAUCAGCCCCAGACGUAAACAUCUCAACAGAUAUGGUCCAUAACAUCACUGGUGCUCCUGGUGAGAUAUGCCAUCUCCUUGGACACCAUGAAGAUACUACCAGCAGAUCAUCAUCACACAGAGAUACACAACAGUGUCUGAUGGCAUUACUCUACUAUGCAAGGCUCUAUGGAGACAGAUGGGUUUCAAGCUCUGACCUUCUAAAGUGCCUGACAUCUUUUAUCACUCAGCACCCAGACAUCACCUCUCUUUCUCUCUCAUCCACCAAGCAUCUUCUCUUCCUCUUUGCCGAUUGCUUUGUGCACUCUGGAACGCAAGCAGGUAGCAGUGCUUGCUACAUCUUGGCCGAUCACAUGACGCGACUAGAGGUUAAGUCAUUGUACACCAACCAUCGCAGUCUAAUUCAGUGGGUAUUCAUGGCAAGUAACAUUCCUACACAAGCAGCCGUGAAAAUGUUAACUCAGUGGAUGGACCAUCUUGAUAUGCAUACAGAUGAGAUGAGCCUUGAAGAGCUUGGUGAGGAUGAUGACACUGCCUUCACUCUUCAUCUUAUGGCACAGCAUUCUACCUGCCUUGAUAUUAUGAUGGAUAUGCUGAAGCAUGCAUUACAUCCAACUAGUCGUAAGUGUGCUAGUCUCAUCAAACAAUUGCUCUCUGCACACCAAACCAUUGAUGAUACCCAAGAUAUGGAGAGGAUUAAGAAGAGGAUGCCAGAUCUACUACAAGCUUGCUCUAUGAAAGAUUCAACAAUACAAACUGGUGCAGACCUAGGGUGUAUAUUAGAGGUCCUAUGUGCACUUUACCAGAAUUACCCAUCAACAACCCUUGAGGAGAUUGAUCUCAAGAUUAUCUAUCACGUCAUCAAUGUUCUUACAAAGAAUGCAGAAAACAGUGAUGAUGUGAUUUAUUCUAGCCUGAAUUUCUUGCUGGAUCUGCUUGUUCAGACUGCAAGGCAUGGUGAAAGUAGAGUGGUAUCAUUAAUCGUAUCCAAUGGAGCUAUUCUGAUGUGUCUCGAGCGCCAAUGUAACAUGAAGCCAGCGUUAUCAGUUCAUCUUGGCAUUCAUUGCUGUGCUCUAAAUCUACUUGCACACCUCACUAUCUAUCAGAAACAUUACAACAUGAAGGUCAGCCAGAAAGUAAAUCUCAAGGAAGAUGUUCUACUGCGGUUGAUGUCAUGCUCUUCAAAAGAAAUCCAGCAAUUGGCAAGCAUACAGCUGUGGACAGCAUUGUUCCUGUCAUCCACCUCACAAAAAGAGCUUUCAUUGUCAUCCUCCUCAUCCUCAUCAUGUGAGCGGAGAGAGCCAUCCCUUAUCAAGGUUUGCUCUGACAAGAGAAGACAGCUCCUGGAAGAAGAAGACCUGGGACUCCCUGUGACCUGUCACACCUUGAGGAAUGUCUUUGCCUCUUUACAGAAUGUUAUAUUGCAGGGUAGUGAUCUAUUACUACAUGCAGCUGUUAUCUGUAUCAAAGCAAUGAUCAACAUGUCAGCUGAUAAGAAUCCAACAGCAAAUCAGCACCUACUGAGUCAGCCGUGGAACCAACUGCUUAUCAACUGCAUCGUGGAGCUAUACCAAGAUUCAAACUCUGUUAACCAAGCCAUUCCAGAACUAAUCACCCUUUUCUUGAUACAGGGAAACAUACAAAGCUAUGUGAAGCAGCACCAUGUGGAUAGCUUACUGAUAUCUAUCUUCAAUACGGAGCCCACUCAGCAUGACGGGCAACAAGUAACUGCCAUUCAACAUCUACUGAAUGCAGUGCGAGCCAGACCAGAAAUUGUGUUGAGCAAGAGACAGGAUGAUCAGAUAACUGCCUGGAUGGACAAUCUAAAGACUCACCUACUGCAACUACCCCAGCAUCAUCCUGUAGUUUACCUUCUUCAUCCCUAGAAUGUAGGCCCAAAGAGAUAUUGUACAUGUAGGGAAUGAUUAUCUAAAACUGAGCAGACCCAGAACUAUAUCCUGUGACAUUGCCUAAGAUCAUCUUACAGUUCUCUAUUAGGAAGUGUCGGCCAGAGGGGAUAUUUAGAAGGUUGGUUAGCUCGCAUCAUGGAUAGGCUCAGUAACACAUCCUGCAACCCUUCCCAUGAUCAUGCCAGGUAAUCACAAUGCCCAACAUGUAAUGGAAAACCAAAGAUGGAUACAUGUAGGCUGCUACAUGCGCAUCGCUUGAGUCUUUGUACGCACAAGCUAUUACGCACUGAGCCGGCCUUCUAUGUACUGUACUGCUUUAUACAAACGUGUUUAGUGGCACACAAAGUGCACGCAUUUCUUUAAUAGAUUUUAUCAUGCAUGUCUGUAUGAAAUUUAUUCCGAUUGUAAGUUGAAAAUACACUAAUUAUGAUUGUGUUUUGCAUGUGUAUUGUAUAUUUGUUUAAAUGCCACUGUACUGUACCGGCAUGUGUUCCUGAGAGACCCAAAUUUGCUCCUGAAAAAAAGUGGUCAAUGUUCAAAGUAACCAUCCUUUAAAGGUUUGCAUCUCUGAU